UUAUUAGGUUAUCCGGAUGCCUUUUAUAUUUUCCGUCUGUUCUCGGUGGAGGGAGGAGGCUGGAUGGUCCCGACUUUCGGGUCCGCCUCCUGGAUGCAGUGCAACCAUUUAGGCUUACUAACCUACUUGCAUACUAUGGAGAUACUCUAAACAGCAGCCACGGCUCCGAAAGGGGGGUGGGGGCUGGGGGUUGCUGACUGUAUUGAGCUAUGGCACAGCUGGCUUCUGUUUACCCAAUGCAGCCUCCAAAAGAUCCGGACCGGCAGGCGACGCGUCGCUGAUCGCAAGGAGAGACCUCGUAUUGCCUUUACUGCAAUUUCAUUCCGAUAAAAAGGCAGGAUACUUUUCGCCGAUUGGAAAUAUAAUCGCUUUGCGCUGUUAGAAUUUAUCUUUUAUAGAGGAUAUCUUAAUGCCAUUAAUAUUUCUUUUUUUUAUUUAUAUGUGUAUAUGCUGGGAUCCCUACGCAAAGUGUAUUCGUGUAAAACAGCGCAAUCGCAUGCUUCUGGCUGGAUUUGUGUCUUAUUCAUGACGCCCGGUGCGGACCUUGUUAACCUCCAGAUUUUGGACCAUUUGUACGGUGCCAUCUCCAUACAAGUGUGUGCCAGGCUUUCGGGAAGCGAGCGUCUAUCCCCCCGGAGAGCAGAAAAACCAAGCCAUGCGUAUUGCCGAUGCAUUUCCUUAAGAGCGGUCAGCAGUAGCGGGCUGGAAAGAUAAAAUACACGGAGGAUGCUUCGGAUGUGAAAAAGCAAAUAAUAAAUAGAUAGGGAAAAAAGAGCGAGAUGGGGAAAGAUCAGGAAUUACUACAAGCAGUGAAGACUGAAGACCUUAUCACCGUGCAGAAGCUUUUACAGAGGCCCAAACCGGGAAAAGCAAAGCUGCUGGGUUCUGCCAAGAGAGUGAACGUUAACUUUCAGGACACAGAUGGGUUCGCUGCCCUCCAUCAUGCCGCCCUCAAUGGCAACAUGGAGCUCAUCUCCCUGCUGCUGGAGUCCCAGGCCACUGUGGACCUCAAGGACCAGAAAGGGAUGCGCCCGCUCCACUAUGCAGCCUGGCAGGGCAAGACGGAGCCCAUGAAGAUGCUGCUCAAGUCGGGAUCCUCGGUCAACGGACAGUCGGACGAGGGCCAGAUCCCGCUGCACCUGGCCGCUCAGCAUGGCCACUACGACGUAUCCGAGAUGCUGCUCCAACACCAGUCCAACCCCUGCAUUGUGGACAAUGCUGGGAAAACCCCGCUGGACCUGGCCUGCGAAUUCGGCAGAGUUGGCGUGGUCCAGCUUCUGCUUAGCAGCAACAUGUGUGCUGCCCUUCUGGAGCCCAAGCCAGGGGACUCCACGGACCCCAACGGGACCAGCGCCCUGCACCUGGCGGCCAAGAACGGCCACAUCGACAUCAUAAGACUGCUGAUCCAGGCCGGCAUCGAUAUCAAUCGGCAGACAAAGGCAGGCACGGCUCUCCAUGAGGCGGCGCUGUGCGGCAAGACCGAGGUGGUGCGGUUGCUACUGGAUAGUGGAAUCAACGCGGGAGUGAGGAACACCUACAGCCAGACUGCUCUGGACAUUGUCAACCAGUUCACCACCACUCAAGCCAGCAGGGAGAUCAAGCAGAUGCUGCGAGAGCCCUCUGCAGCCCUGCAGGUCAGGGCACUCAAGGAUUACUGCAACAAUUACGACCUGACGAGCCUGAACAUCAAGGCGGGUGACGUCAUCACGGUUCUGGAGCAGCACCCUGAUGGCCGGUGGAAGGGCUGUAUCCAUGACAACCGAACAGGAAACGACCGCGUCGGCUACUUCCCGUCCAACAUGGUGGAGGUGAUCAGCAAGAGGACAGGUUCAGGCUGCGCCAUCGUUUGUCCCCAGCAGUAUGAAACGAUACAGCUGUGUGUUGUGCCCUGUGGCCCCCCUGCCCCCUGCAGUGCCGCGGGGGGGCCAGAUGGGGACGCAUCCCCUCAAUCCCAUGUCACGCCGCCCCCUCCCCUCCAGCUGUCCCAUUCCCAUCAGCCACUGUUCACUUCCUUUGGCUAUAGCAGGUCCCAGAGCGCCCCAGGAGGGACGCAGUGUGGACGAGGUUCCAGAGGGUCAGAGUCCAGUCCACAUGGCUCUCCCACGCCAAGUGCUGGUGCCAACGAGGAGAUCUGGGUGCUGCGGAAGCCUUAUGCAGGUGCAGAGCGUGGCAGUGCGGGCAGCGUGGGCAGUGUGGGCAGUGUGGGCAGUGCAGGCAGUGCGCGCUCCUCUGGGAGCGGGCAGAGCGCGGGCAGCAGUGUGCAUGCCUUGCACGCGCAGGCAGAGGGUGUCAAGCUAUUAGCCACAGUGCUGUCUCAGUCAGCAAAGGCCAAGGAACAUCUUCUGGAGCAGUCCAAGUCUAUGGAUCAGCCAUCAGGCCCGUCUGUACGUCCCCAGAGGUCUUCCAGCUGCCCCUACCACGAGACGUCAUACGCAGAGCCGCAACCUCAGAGAAAGGGGGAGAUACCUCUGGAUGCCAAGAGCUCAGAAGCUGUAGUCCAAUGGCUGAGUGAGUUUCAGCUGCAAGUCUACUCUCCAAACUUCAUCGACGCCGGAUAUGAAAUAUCCACCAUUAGCAGAAUGACCCCUGAGGAUCUGACAGCAAUCGGCGUGACCAAGCCCGGUCACCGGAAGAAGGUCGCCUCUGAGAUUAGCAAGCUGAGCGUCACCGACUGGCUUCCGGAUCAAAAGCCCGCAAACCUGGCAGAGUGGCUGUCUAUGAUUGGACUAAGCCAAUAUUACCAGGUUCUGGUCCACAAUGGCUAUGAAAACAUUGAUUUUAUUACUGACAUUACGUGGGAGGAUCUACAGGAAAUUGGCAUUACCAAGCUAGGACACCAGAAGAAGCUGAUGCUGGCUGUGAAGAAGCUGGUCGAAAUCCAGAAGGCAGCCGAGGGCCGCGGCUCACUGCGAAAGAAGGUGCCACAGCCCCUGGAGGCUAGAGCUGCGGAGAACCAGCCCCGUGAUACGGAGAACAUGUCAUCCAAAAUGAGCGCUUACCAGGAUAGCGAAGCAGGUAGCGAGCUGCAUGGUGCCAGGAGCCGCCCAGGGGAGGCACUGGAGGGCGCCGAAGUCAAGCAGGUCAACAGCCAGAUGCCGGCACGCGCCCGGAGCAUGCACGAGAACAGCCUAGGCAGGCGGGACUCGGAGGACGGAGGCGGGGCUCCAAGGAAGGAGGCGCGGACCAUGCGGCAGGUCAGCCAAGGGCCACAAAGGUCUCCUGUUCCACCCACUGUGGGAAAAGCCCGGCAGUCCUUUCCCCAGGGGCCAUCCUACACUCCUCCACAGACCCCCACCAAGCCCAAGCCCUCCUCCCCACAGACCAUGGUGCCUCCACAGAUUACUGCCAAGACGAAACCCCAACCACAGCUACUGGCUCAGUCAGACCUGCCCAUGACUCCCCGGUCUCUACCACAAUCCCCAACACAUCGGGGGUAUGCCUAUGUAAUGCCACCCUCUGGGGAGGGGGCAGAGGGUCAGCCAAGCAGCCCCCCGGUCUCGGUGCCCCUGCUGUGCCUGCCACCGGAGGCUGAGGACAUUGAGGUGGAGCAAGGCCUUCCCAAGAAGCGUGCCCACAGCCUGAGCCGAUACAGCACCUCCAGUAGCGAGCAGGACCGCGACGAACUGAUGGUGCCCGAGGCAAAGUACGCGACGAUGCAAGCGCGGGUGGGCCGGAGCAACUCCGUCAGGGGCCAGUCCGACAGGAACGUCAACCGCAGCCAGUCGUUUGCACUCAGGCCCAAGAAGAAGGGCCCCCCCCCACCCCCACCCAGGCGUUCCAGCUCCUCCAUUUCGGGCGCCAAUCUGGGAGAUGAAUCCCAGGAGCAGGUGGGAGGGGAGCUUCUGGAUGUGACCUAUCAUGAGCGUCGGAGGGCCAGUGACUUUGGGGGCACGGUAGACACAGGGAGCGCGGGCAGCGUGAAGAGUAUAGCCGCCAUGCUGGAAAUGUCCUCCAUCGGAGGUGGUGCCAAGGGGCUGAAAUCUCUUGGCGGACAUCACUAUCUGCAGGUCAGCCCACUCCAUGGCUCAGCGAGGCACCGCGACGCCAUCGGACUGGACGGCGAGGUGGUGAACCGACGUCGGACCAUCAGCGGCCCGCUAACGGGCCUGGCUGCUGCAGCACGGCAGGAACGCAGGCCGCCCGAGCCAGGACCUCCGCGGGACAGACUAGCGCUGGAACCUCAGCCUGAGUCCGUCGGCAGCUCGGCAGAGAAUCUGCCCUUCGCAGAGGAUGGCAGCCUGACCAUCAAGCAGCGGCCCAGGCAGGGCAAGGCCGACGGCCUGCCGGACGGGGUUUACUCCCUGCCGCAGGAAGAGCUGUCCCGCGUGGAUGCUACCGCUACGCUGAAGAGGAGGGUCCGAUACAAGCAGCACGUGGACGGGGUAAAAUUCCAGCUGACGGAAACCAGCACUGUCAAACGACGCCCCAAGACCAAGGACAAGGACCCUGCAGAUGUGUCGGACGGUCAGCUCCUCGCCCCCUACCAGAACGGUACCAGCACCAUCAAAAGACGGCCCGUGUCCGAAAUGAGUUGUGUGGAGCAGGCCCAUAUCCACGGCGAUGACGAGGCCGGCCGGCGCAGGGACAGUGCCGACUUCGGCUCAAGCGCUGACGGUGAUCAUCGCAGGCCCGUCAAGCCGCCAGUGUCCCCCAAGCCAGUCCUCGGCCAGCAGAUGAGGCGGCAGAGCCCCCCAACACCCACUUCCAAGAAAGCACCCAUCCCUGGUCCGGCAAGCCCAGAGGUGAAGCGGGUACCCCCUGCAGUGUCACCAAAGCCCAGCCCCCCUCCCACUGCCCCCAAGCCAGUUAAAGUGCAGAAUGUCCUGCAGACCAUGAAGGUGACGUCCCCAUCAACUCCCUCCCCGACCAGACCGGACGGGGGGCCGCCUGGCCAGUUCUCCUCCAGCCCACCGGUACAAAGCCCCCAGACCCCGCAGACGCCCAAAACCCCUGGGCCGUCAACCCCAGGCCCUAUGCCCCCACCGGUCAAGCCUCCCCGCUCCUCCAUGGGCAGCGUGUCGGUGGAUGCGGUGAGCCCAGCAGAGACAGCCCAGCAGAAGCUGGAGGAGACCAGCGCCUCUUUGGCUGCGGCUUUGCAGGCCGUGGAGGAGAAGAUCAAGGAGGACAGGCGCCCAGACUUAGUGGCCGAGGACAAGAGCACAGUGAGCAUCUUGGACGACAUCGGCAGCAUGUUCGAUGACCUGGCCGACCAGCUGGAUGCCAUGCUGGAGUGAGGAACCCGCAGUAUAUCCUCCAGGCCCAGCGGGGGCGCCAAGGCACAACAGCCAGCUGCACGUGCCGUUCCUGCCUAAGUAUCCCCCCGCCUCGCCCCGCAAGGUCUUACUUUUUCUGCACCAUCUGCCUUCCUUUUUCAUAAUAGCAUUCCUCUCCCCCACUCGCCUCACCCCAUGUUUUGGUUUUUGCACAACUUACGAGAAUCUCUAAAGCUGAGAUGAAUUACCUCAGGAUUGGGCUGAAUUUAAUUCUGUGUUGGAGGCGUGGGUGAAAUAGCACAGCGUCAAACGCUCUGAAAGUGAGUUUCGCAGCAGUAAAGCAACCAUAGGUUUUUUUUUCCCCGAAAUAUUCUACUUCUUGUAAAAUACUAUUAAUAAUACUGAACAAAAUGAUAAUGCUGUUGUAUGUGUAAAUUUUAAGCAUGAAAAGAUUUAUUUAAAAAAAAAAAAUCCAUAGUGAGAAUUAUACAUUAUCCAGAGCGUAUAUCCCAUCUUCCUGACUAAUGUAUUUUUCUCAUACGUAUAUAUAUAUAUAUACAUAUAUAUAUACAUAUAUAUAAAUAUAUAUGAUUAUUUUUAUUUGAAUUUUGCCAAACGAUACAAGUGUAGCUUUGAAUCAUAUGUUCAUAAACAUUUCAGUUCUGUGGAUGGAAAUGUGGUAUUUUACGUGACUGAGCUGGCUUGUGUGGGACAGUAAGGUGGCAUUUUUUUUCUGUCAUGGGUUCAAACUCUCCAGUCACUUUAGUGUGUGUGGCAAGCCCUUGGUUGGUGAGAAAGACAGGAACAUCUCCCCAAUCAGCAUUCAUCACCUGCCCCCCCGCCAGCGGUCAGAAAUCUGUCCCUUUGCAUUUCUGUCCCUACUGCCUGGGUGACGAGAACAUCCCAGAAGCACAGGCUUCCUCUCCCUGGAGCCACUGACCAGGUCUGGCUGCAGUGGUGCGUGAGAUGUGUGUGUUGCCCGUACGUCAAGCCCCGUGGAUGACUGGGUGAUCACAGCAACCUAAGAGAAGCACAAGAACGACCUUACCCUUUGCCCCCAAGAUGUGACAAGACAUGGCUUUCUGAGGAAGAUUCUGGAACUUCCUCAUGGUGGAAAGGGUUUUGUUUUGAAGUCAACACUGCCAACUUGGGACUGGCAGGCAGCAGACAUGAUUGUUUUUUUUUUCUGUCGUUCUUUUAAUGUUUUGGCUUCCGAAACGGCAUAAAAGAAACCUUCAACACUUCAUUCCAAUGUUCCCCUGUUCCUGAGAGAACUGAGAGACUGGAUGGCUAAAACCGACUGUGCUUGAACUGACUUUCUCUGACCACCUCUAUAGGUAUCGUGUUAGUGUGUUUGUUUGUGUGCGUGUGUGUAUAAUAUGGUUUAAACUAAGCGCCAUUUUUGUGAGAGUGUCGUGUUUUGUGCUAAAUCAUACAAAACAAUGCACAGGCUUGUGAAACUGUGGGUUUUUCGGACAGUGUUUGAGCAGUGAUACAAAAUAUAUCUGUUGGGGCAUUCCACUGAAUGAUUUUAACUUCACGUGUGGUGUAAAACUGUUGCUUUUGUCCUGAGUCAUAUAAAUAACUCAUGAAUCCAUCCACCCAUCUUUUACAUCACUUCCCCAGAAUAGGGCAACCUUUCAACCUGGUAGCCCUUCAACUAUCGGCAUUAACAUUGAUUUCACAUUCACACAAUGAGCUAAAGUUCAUCACACAACUGCAAACAAAUGCUUUUGUGAUCUUCAGUGGAAACCCAGGUGAGCACAAUAAAAGUUACGGUUAUGGAUCGACUGCGUGUGACUGUCUGCGAGUGUGUACCCACGAUUAUUUAGCCUUCGGGCAACUUAAAAACCAUGUACUGAUGUUUUUGCGAAUCUCCAUUCAGCCUGGGGUUAUACAGAAUCGGAGAAGCUUGUCAGACAUGGUGUGAUGAUGCUUUAUGAAGGCAUGCUUCAGAAUAUGGAUUUUUUUUUACAUUGUGAGGAGCAAAAUGCACAGUUUUCUGAACAUUGAACAUAUCAAGGUUCUUCAGAGAAGUGUUUCUCAUCUGCAGAAUCUCAAAGGCACAAUUAAAAAAGCGUUCUUACGGUUUUACGUUAAACCAUCGUCCACCACGAAACGAGAAGCAUGUCUUGGCCAAAUGCAUGGAAAAAGUCAAUUUACAAACAAUGCGAACGGUUUCACCUUAAGCUUCUGAUCCUUUCUGCUCUUGGUUACGGAGCAGCUCUUCAGCACAUCAGCUUGUUUCACUGAGAUGUUUCACGGACACAUUUGACCACCUGCAGACAGGCUGCUUCUGCUGAACUCCUAAUGAUAAUCUAGAGCUUCAUAGAAUGCGAAGAGCAGUGCCUGACCGCUCUUUCCGCUCUCUGAUCACUGGUCUUCGUUGCAGGAUGCCGAUGGCACUGGAUGGGUAGCCGACCAUUAAGCUGUGCUGCAGUUCUAUGCAUUCUAUUCGUUCAAUGUUGCAGACCCCUUAGAAGUACGUAUUCCUGCAGUUUAUUUUUAGAAUUCAGGGAUUGACAAAACCCUUCCCUUCGUGUUGUACCAUUUAGCAAUUUAGCAGUUUGGCACAACUUUGGAACCUGUGACCAUCAGUAAUUAUCAGUAAGUACCUCUACCACUCACUUUCCAAAAGUGCUGGACAACUUUCAGCUGCUCUCCCCAGUCAAUUUCAUCACCUCCGUCGUUGUCACUAAUCCGAUAGUGACAUUCGCAAUCUUAGUUCCAUUGUCACCCAUGAAUAUGACUGUCACCAUUUUUACCAGUGUGUCACUGUGUCCAAAGGUGCCUGGCUGUUCCCCUGGUCACAUCGGAACAAUUAAGGCACCCGGUGGCCAUUGCAGACCAGCAGAAGAUAAUAAUCAAUUCAAAAUUCUGAAUAAUGUGACAUACUUCAUAUAGCAUUUUAUUACUUGCAUAUCUCAUUUUUAAAUCUCAGUAAAGCUUCAUAAUACAGACUUGGAAAAUUGUACUUUUUUUUCUAAAAAUAUUUGAUAUGACUAAUUUAUUAUAUAUAAAGUAUUUAACAGUAAUAUGCAGAAAAUAUUAAUUUAUUUAGAUUGCAGAGCAUAUUAUAAAAAUAGCAUUUUUAUAUUCCAUAUGUUCAAAAAAAUAAAAGUAUUGCUAAAAUGUUUUUUUUCAUAUUCUUUUCCCUUGCUAAUUUCAGCAUCGUCUUUUCAGUAUUUCCGUAAAAUUCAGAUUUUUCAGACACUUUGCGUUACCUCAUCUGCUUCGUCGUGGUCGUGUUUGGAAGAGCUUGAUCUUUUAACUGGCCGCAUCCCCAUGAAUGGCGGCAACCGACAUCAGUCUCGCCUUUGCCGGUGCGGAUCGCUCCUCUGGCCGAUACGGGGAUCCGCGGGGAUCGCCAAGUUGCGUAACAAGCAAUCAUGUGCCCCAGCUGUGGUUUCGUGCUUAGAUCCCACGUGUGUAUCGUUGGCUGUUUCCUUGGUGAUGUAAAACCUUGUCAAAUCUUUAUAAUGUUAUAUUUUUACACAUUGUUUUUCCUUUUUUUCCGUUAAUUGCAUUGUGCUCACAAUUUAUUUCCCAGAAUGCUUAAAAAGAGAAGUCUUUGUUAUUUUAAAGAAACUGAAAUAUUUAACAGGGCGAGGAACUGUCGUGUGUAAAAAAAAAAAAAAAAGGCUGACAUAAGUUGUAUUUUUCUCUGCUGCACAUUACAGUGUGCAAGCGUGCAGGCUGUGUAUUGUGUUGAGUUGAUGUUGACUCUGACUUGUAUCAUACUUGCUGUGACUGGCGACGAGAGCGUUGCUGACUCUGAGCCGCAGCCAUCUGUCCUAAAUAAAUGUUAUAUACAAACAUCG